CAAAAACAUGCCCUGAGGCUUUAAGCUUCAGAACAAUGUAUUGUGGUGUUGCACGAUGCUGUAGAACUUACACAUUCAAAGGUUUAAAAAUAUUAAGUUACAUAGACUCUUUGAAUGUGUUGGAUAAAAUUCAAACUUGAUGCAUAAUCACAGAGCUUUAAAACUAAAUGUUUGGACCUUUGGGAGUCAAAGUCUUAAAUCAUGGUAGGUUUGUACUAAAGCACUUUUACUAUUUAUUUUCUUGCAUUUGGUAUAUUAAAGACCAUGUUUAGUGGGGUAAUCAUUUGGAAUUUAUAUCACAUUCAACCAUUUCCUAGUGCAUAUGAGUAUACUUAAGUACUACAUUUAGUAGUAGUAGUAUUUAGUUUAAUAGUGAUACUUCCAAGUACUCCACUUGUAGUGGUCAGUUAUGUCUCUGUCUAUUUCUACAGCUCUCUUUCUCGCCAAGUGGAGAUUUGAAGAUAUAUCCUUAAGGCUUUCUCAUUUUACAGGAUGAGCUGGUAAUGAGAUGGUAAUGUGUUGCCUGCAUGAUUUUAUAUCACAUUCAUUAAACUAAAGCACUAUUUCCUAGUGUACAGUAUACAUGUACAUUUUACUAGUUUUACUAGACAGCAGAGUGAGUCGCAGCACUGAACCCAUUUCUUAAUAUUGUGUAAACUUCAGGACAUCAAGUAAUGCAGCCAAGGUGUGUUACUAUCUAUAUGUGUAGAGGGCGUAGGAAGAGUGAAAGGGGAGGGAGAGCACUUUGAUAAAAGAAACAUUCAUGCUCCCAUUUCAGCUUAAAGCAAGCAAACAGAACAUGUACUCAGGAUGAUCAUCAGGAUGAGAUCUGGCUGGAUCAAGGGAUUACUUGUGGCCUUUAUGGUGGCAUUUAUCUGGUUAAACCUUGGCUUCAUGAAGAAAGAGGUGCACGUUCACUCAGACAGACUCCAGAGGGCCCAGCAUAAUGAUUCCAUCAUUGACCAGGGAAUGUUCAGGAGGAUGGAAAACAUGGAGGCAGACAUCAAACGGCUGCUCAAUCUGAUGAAUCAGCUCGGAAAGAAGAAGCCAGCAGCACAGAAGGAAGCAGAUGUGGUAGAAGAGGGGAGAGCGGUGAAGAAGCUGUACCCAAACUCAUUCCUGUUCCAGAAGUGGGGUGGGGAGCUGUCAGAGGAGGAGCAGGAGGAGGCAGAGAAGCUGUUCAGGAGAUACGGCUACAACGCCUUCCUCAGCGACAGGCUGCCCCUCAACAGGGAGAUCCCCGACACCAGGCCCCCCAGUUGUGCUGAGAGGAAGUACCCAGACGACCUUCCGACCAUCAGCGUUGUGUUGAUCUACCUGGAUGAGGCGCUGUCCGUCCUCAAAAGAGCCAUACGCAGCAUCAUCGACAAGACGCCGGCUCAGCUGCUGAAGGAAAUCAUACUGGUGGACGACCACAGCAGCAACAAGGACUUAAUGGAAGCACUGGAUAACUACAUCACCCUGAUCCACAAGGAGAUUCCGGGUCUGGUCAAGAGAAUCCGGCACUCUGAGCAGCUGGGUCUCACUCAGGCCAGGCUUUCGGGGUGGAAGGUUGCUGAGGGGGACGUGGUCGCCAUCUUGGAUGCGCACAUAGAGGUUCAUGUGCAGUGGGCAGAACCAUUGUUGGCUCGGAUCAAAGAGGACCGCACCGUGAUCCUGAGCCCAGUGUUUGACAAAGUCAAUUACAAUGACCUAGCUGUGACUACGUACCAUGCAAUGGCUGACGGCUUCGACUGGGCUCUGUGGUGCAUGUAUGACUUCUUCAGACCUGAGUGGUACGCUUUGAAUGACGAGACCCAGCCUGGCAAAAGUCCCUCCAUUAUGGGGAUCCUCGUAGCUGAUCGCAAGUUCUUUGGAGAGAUCGGAAGCCUUGAUGGAGGAAUGAAAAUAUACGGAGGUGAAAAUGUGGAGCUCAGCAUAAGGGUGUGGCUGUGUGGAGGAAGCAUAGAGGUGAUACCCUGCUCUAAAAUCGCCCACAUUGAACGAGCAUUCAAGCCGUACCUCCCAGACCUGAUGCCAAUGUUAAAGCGUAACGCGCUGCGGGUGGCCGAGGUGUGGAUGGAUGAAUACAAACAUAAUGUCAACAUAGCCUGGAAUCUGCCGCUACAGACCCACGGGAUCGACAUUGGGGACUUGUCCGAGAGGAAGGCGCUCAGAAAGAGGCUCAAAUGCAAACCCUUCAAGUGGUAUCUGGAUAAUAUUUAUCCUUUACUGGACCCGCUGGACGACCUGAUUGGAUACGGAGCACUUGUAAAUGACCUGAAGCCUGACCUCUGCCUUGACCAGGGCAAGGUGCCUGGGAACACGCCCAUUCUUUAUGGCUGCCACUACAUCAGCACUCAGCACUGUCAUUACAGAAGUGAUGGACAACUCUACAUCGGUGGGAUCAAAUCCCACAAGUACAACAGCAACCGCUGCCUGGUGGAGACCAGCACCGGCCACCCGGGCCUGUACGACUGCAAUGUGGCUCAGCAGGAAAAGCUCCACAUGCUGUGGGAUUUUGAACAGAACGGGCCGAUCCAGAACAGAGAGACGAAGAGAUGUUUGGAAAUCGCAGAUGGUAAAGACGGUUCUCACACACUGGUGGUUCAGCAAUGCAGUGGCCAGAGCUGGAACAUACAGAACCUCAUCAAAAACAGCUCAGAGACUGUGGUGCAGGAAGGAGCAGUAUGGGUUCAGAAACUGUAGUCACGGACCUGGAAUAAGUCCAAGAACCAGAUGAAGCAUAAGCAAAGCAGCGACGUGGAUCACAG